AUGGAAGCAAAGAGGAACACAGAUAUUCAUCCUCUACAACUUUUUCUUGCAAUUAUCAUUUUAGUUCUAGUCCUUGUAGAACCGAUCUCCCAGUUUAGAGUUUCUGCUAUGCAAGUAAGUGCUGAAGAAGUGCAAUGCAGUGGUUCAAUGGUAGAAUGUAGUGAUCAAAUGGCAGAGGAAGAAAUAUCAAUGGAGUCGGAGACAAGUCGAAGAAUUGCUGCUCAAGCUGUCAAAUAUAUUACUCCUGACGUUUUGAAGCGCGAUGCACCGGUCUGUGACAAGGCUAAAAGAGGAGCUCCCUAUCAUAGUUGCCUACCUCCACCAUCAAAUACUUACCACAGAGGGUGCGAAAAGCUUGGCAACAAGGUUUCGUCGAAAACUAGGGAAUGCAAUGGUUCGAUAGCAGAAUGCAAUGAAGAAUAUGAGUUCUUGAUGCCAUCUCAUAAUAGUAAAGGGUUUCUUGAAGAGAAGACAAAGUAUAUAUCACCUGGUACUUUAAAGCCAGACCGACCAGCUUGUAAUGGUGGUUCUAGGGGUCAGUCUUAUAGUAGUAGUUGUCUUCCACCUCCAUCUAAUCCUCCUUCUCGCGGUUGUUCCAAGUACUAUCGUUGUAGGUCUGAUGAUUGA